CACGGCUCGGCAGGGCAGGGCCCCCCCCGGCGCCCCCCGCACCCUCCCGCGCUGUAAGGAGGGCGCUCCGGCUCCUGCCCCCGGCGGCGCUGUCCGCGGUCGUGCGCGAGCUGCCUUUUUUGCAAGGGGCUGAAUUUUUUCAACCCAUGUGUGUCGCCUGUCAAGAAUUUUCACGUGACUCUCGGAAACCUGCUGCAAAGUCUUCCCUAUUUGCUAUCCAACCCCGUUUUCUUCUCCCUUUAGCAGGUUGAAGUUCAUGAGUUCGCCCAGCCUCAGUGAUCUGGGCAAGAGAGAGCAGGCAGCCUUGGAUGAGCGGGGGACCCAGCAGCGCCGGGCCUGCUCCAACGCUACCUGGAACAGCAUCCACAAUGGAGUAAUAGCGGUGUUCCAGCGUAAGGGUCUCCCAGACCAUGAACUCUACAACCUCAACGAAGGAGUCAGGCAAUUACUGAAAACAGAACUGGGAUCCUUUUUCACUGAAUAUCUGCAGAAUCAGCUGCUCACAAAAGGAAUGGUGAUCCUAAGGGACAAGAUCCGGUUUUAUGAAGGGCAGAAACUAUUGGAUACCUUAGCUGAAACCUGGGAUUUUUUCUUCAGCGAUGUCCUGCCCAUGCUUCAGGCUAUUUUCUAUCCUGUGCAGGGGAAGGAGCCCUCGGUCCGGCAGCUGGCUCUGCUGCACUUCAGGAAUAUCAUUACCCUCAACAUAAAGCUGGAAGAUGCAUUAUCCCGGUCCAGAGCCAGAGUUCCACCCUCUAUUAUUCAGAUGCUGUUAAUACUCCAGGGGGUCCACGAGUCCAAAGGUGUGACUGAAGAUUACUUGAAGCUGGAAUCCCUGAUCCAGAAGGUCGUGUCUCCUUACUUGGGCACCUACGGUCUGUACUCCAGUGACGGACCCUUCACCCACUCUUCCUGCAUCCUGGAGAAGAGGUUCUUCAGGCGCUCCAAGUCUGGUGAUAUCCUGGCCAAGAACCCCGUGGUGAGGUCCAAGAGCUACAACAACCCUCUGCUGACGCCCGUGGCCGAGUACGAGACGGAGGGCAUGGCCUCCAACGGGACCGGCAUCCGCAGGCACUCCGUGUCCGAAAUGACCUCCUGCCUCGAGCUCCAGGGCUACUCCAACCUCACCACCAUCAUGGACAACGGCUCCAAGAGCUCCGUGACGACCACGAAGAGCUCCGUGUCGGGAGAGCAGGAGAGGCCCAGCACCGGGUCGGUGCAGUGCUCCGGCAAGCUCAGCGCAGCCGAGCAGCAGAAAGGACUCUUCCACCCCGUGGACGACCCACACAGGUCUUUUGAACUGGACAGAGACCCUUCCUUGAUUCCAGUUCCCUCUUCCAGCCCCGAGAACAUAGUGGAUCAGAUUUUGGAGUCGAUCGACUCGGAUUCCGAAGGCAUUUUUAUUGAUUUUGGCCGGGGCUGUGCCAAUUCCUCAGCGUACAACGUGGACGUGAACAGGCAGAGCAUCAUGUGAAGGAGACUGGGAGACAAACCUUGGGUUUUAGUAUUAUAUAUGGAAGUUACUAACACAAGGAGCCAGACUGUGGGCCAGCUGUUUAUUCCAGGGCAGAACCUCUGCUGUAGGUCACCACAGCUCUGCUGAAGUAAAGAAAAACAAGUUUGCAGCAGGCAGGAAUCUGCUGCGAGGGGGGAGAAACUCCAGCCACUUCUCCCUGUCACUCUGCAGUCGGAUUUCCUACUGUCUUUAUGAACUUGGGGGUUCACAAGCUGACAAGUGUCUGGUAAAAAGCUCUCGGUGCAGCCGGCAGUGUUUGUUCAGUAGAACAGCCCAGCAAAUAGCUGUGCUCACUUUUAAUUUUCUAAAGAGAUUUCCUGCAGACGACAGGUUGUUGUUCUCUGUAACACCUCAGCCAGGGUAAAAACGUAUCCUUUAAAAAAAAGAAAACCAACCAAACCAACCCCAGAGGCUGUGGGCCUUUAUACCACAGAAUACAGCGAUAAAGAAGUCUCUUUUAAUCGUUUUCUUGUACAUCUUGUAUGCACUCGUUUGCCUAAUGGUGAAUGAGGGUUCUCGGAGAAAGGCAAAUAAACAGAAAUGUGCUUCCUGAUGU